GUGCCCCGGAAGGGGCGGGCUGUGAGCAGGAAGAGUCCCCCUUCUGCCGCGCCGCUCGGUCCCCCUUGGCUCCGCCAUGUCGCCGGUGAGGGCGGUGCUGGCGCUGCUGGCCGCGCUCUCAGCCCCGGCUGCCGGCUACUUCGUGAGCAUCGACGCGCACGCGGAGGAGUGUUUCCUGGAGCGGGUCCCGUCUGGCACCAAGAUGGGGCUCAUCUUCGAGGUGGCCGAGGGGGGCUUCCUGGACAUCGACGUGGAGAUUACAGGGCCUGAUAAUAAAGGGAUUUAUAAAGGAGACCGAGAGUCCAGUGGAAAAUACACAUUUGCUGCUCAUAUGGAUGGAACUUACAAGUUUUGCUUUAGCAACAGAAUGUCCACCAUGACUCCUAAGAUAGUGAUGUUCACUAUUGAUAUUGGAGAAGCUCCAAAAGGGCAAGACAUGGAGACAGAAGGUGGUGGAGAUACCUGGGAUGCUCAUCAGAACAAGCUAGAAGAGAUGAUUAAUGAGUUAGCAGUGGCCAUGACAGCUGUAAAGCAUGAACAGGAGUACAUGGAAGUUCGUGAGAGAAUACACAGAGCAAUUAAUGACAACACAAACAGCAGAGUGGUCCUCUGGUCAUUCUUUGAAGCACUUGUACUAGUUGCCAUGACACUGGGACAAAUCUACUACCUGAAGAGAUUUUUUGAAGUCCGAAGAGUUGUUUAAGAACUUUUCCUCAUGAUCCCAAACACUCACUUUACUAUCUACCAAACAUCUUGGUCACAAAACAAUAUCAUUUAGUUUCUAAACCCUAAUUUCUGAACUAUAAAACUUAUUUGCUUAAGUUCCUAGUUAAAAUGAAAUGUUUUUAUAUAUCUUCUGUAGCAAAAGCUGUGUUAAAAUAUCUUGUCACUUAAUUGGCAUAAUUUUUUCACUUGAAAUCUGCCUAGUCUUUAUGCUAAGCGAGGUCUAAACAGACUGCAAAUGCUAUAAUUCAAACGUAGUAAUAAGCAACGUUACUGUCUUUUUCUAACUUUUUUCUGUUUUCAUAAUUAAUUGCAAUUCUGUUUAGGGAAACAGUAAAAGGUCCUAAAGUGACUAUUUGCAUUCUUCACAUCUUUAAUCCUGCAGUAGACAUUAUGGAAUGAAAAUAAUCCCCUCUUCACUUUCAUGUACUGCCCAGAAGGGCAAAUGAAGCAGAACUUCAUUCUAAUAUGACUGAUAAUGAAUAGAAGACAGCUGGCAUUUCCACUGUAGUAUGCAUACUUGGUCACAAAAAAAAUCCACCGUAAUGAUCUUAAUUACAUUGAUUUGUUCCCUACAUUCUUUUUAAUUAAACAUUGAUAUUAAAAUA